AUGGAUACCAGUGCUAUCUUGGAACAAUACACACAGGACUUGGCGAACCUUCCGUCAGAGCUUGCGCACCUCCUCCAAGAACUCCGAGAGAAGGACCUCAAACUCUACGAAAGCCGCAAGAAGCUCCUCCAGCGGGACAACCAAAUCCACAAGUUCAUCCGACAAAACGGCUCGUUAACGAAGAAUCCAAAGGAGCAGCAGCUCUAUGGGAAAAUCGAGGAGGAUUUUCGGGCGUGUGAGCGGAUCCAGGAGCAGAAGAAUGUACUUGCAAACACGGCGUUGUUUCUUGUGUCGAAGUACUUGCUCAGCUUGGAUAAUGAUAUGGACAAGCUUGAGCGUGAGGGGUUGCUAGCGCCUGUGGAAGAUGGUAUGGCUAGCGCGACACCGCCUGUGUCGAGUCUUGCGGUCGUGGGCCACAGACGGACGAUGACAAGCGUUCCGCAGGUAUCGAAGCACGCUCGAACCAAGUCGAUGCGACUGGCAACGCCCACAGGCAGCGCUGGGGCCGCCCGAAAACGGCAAAAAACGGAAGAAUUAGAGGAGAAAAAGGUGUUACCGACGUCAAGCUUGGCACACUUGCACCUUGAGAUGCCGUUGCACAUGGGCGAGGCCGGCGAGGAUGAGACAAUCUAUUGUUUCUGUCGCCAGGUCUCGUACGGCAACAUGAUUGGGUGUGAUAACGACGACUGUCGCUUUGAGUGGUUCCACUGGGACUGUGUGGGCUUGAAGGAGCAGCCCAAGGAGGGUGCCGUUUGGUACUGCAGUGAUUGCAAGGAGCGGAUGAAGAAAGAUAAGGAG